AUGGCGAUGGAGCAACCACGCAGACGUACGCGUACGAGCAUCAUCCUCGCCUUCAAGGUCCUACAAUUUGUCAAUCAGCUUCGACGGCGUGUGAAGCCGCGUGGAUCGCAAGGCACACUCGAGUCGACCGAUCUUGGCACCGAAACAUCUCUCGGCCUCAAGAACCUGAGGUCCAUGUCGGAUGGCUUGGCAAGGAUCGCCGUCGAAGAUGCAAAGCCGCCGCGAGAGGUGGGUUUGGGUGUUUCCAAGACUGGGCCCAAGCCUGGUCCAGAGACGCCGAAGUCUGUCCGUCUGCUGCCAAGGGCGAACACGACGGCAACGCUUGUCUCCACGACUCCAAACGCACCUGGCCAUGAUGCGCAACAUCUGCUAAGCAUCGUCGACCGCAAGCUCAGCCGCGAGGGCAAAGGCGUCGCCUUCUCGGCCGUGGCAGGGGAUGACCACCUGCUCCUCAAGCACAACAACGCGCCCCUCUUUGAACGCUGCUCCCUGACCGAGCUCAUCCAGCUGUUGGCAGCCGUGCAUGAUGCCCUCCAGGUGCUGGCCCAGUGCCGGCGACAGUUUGGCGAUGACUGGCUCGUGGCCCAAGGCGUGCAUCUCGGGUUGAGAAUAGACCAGAGUUUCAUCGCCAACUACGAGCAUCUGCUCGUGCGGCUUCAAACGGAUCUGAUGGAUGCCAUGGCCCGCCGGGCCUUUGAGGAGCUGCUGCGGGGCGGGCACGACAAGAGACAGCGCAAGCUGCUCAGCUGGUUCAGCGAGUUUGCUGAGCACCGCCAGCCCUUGAGCACAUGCUUCCCAUGGACGAUCAAACCCUCCUUGGCCGUCCUCUGGGGCGUCUGCUGGAUGUUUUACGACCACCAGGCGGCGGCGGCGGCGGCGGCGGCCGAGGAAGAGGCGACCAAAGGGGGAAGUUUGCGCGGGCCGCUAGACAAGGUACUCCAGAAUAUCGAUCGUGACCAGUGGGACGCUCCCGCAUCAUCCGACUACGUCGACCUCGGCCGAACGUUGAUUGGCACUCGGCCGCAACAGGCAACGCAGCAGCAGCAACAACAACCUCACCAAGCGCGACAGCAGCAAAACACGGGAAACGUGCAGUCCGAUUUCAGCACUUUGUGCCCUUCUAGGCUGCUGCUGCUGCCGAGAAGACUAGAGGCUGGUCAGGCCGGAGAUCAUGGACAUCAUGGACCCUCACCCUCACCCUCACCCGCGGGCCUCUUCCAUCCGCCUCGUCCAUGCCAAGAUACUUAUUGUCGUGAUGCCCUCCAACAUCUUCCGCCAUAUUCGCCCGCUAAUUUCUAUUUGCCUCAUAAUCAAGGCACGCCCGCUGCGCCACUCACGGCCUUUGUACAUCUUGGCACCGACAACAACAUCGUCGUCAUCUACUCGCGUCUGCUCAGAACCCCAGUAUUCGACUCACCGGGUCUGCAGGAACCGACGUCUAUGCUCAGCCACACCCAGACCUCGCGGCUUUUGACAAUAUAUACCACCCAGGCCAGCAACCUGAGGCCUACUCACUGA